UGCGUGCAAAUGAGCCGCUGCAAGUUCAAGGGGCGGUCCUCGCUUCCGCUACCUCCCCGCUAUUGCCCCCGGGUCUGCGUGACGGACCCCCCGCUCCUGACCCUCCGUCCUCUUGUCCCAAGCUCAUGCGGACCGUCCGGAUCGAUGCGAGGAUUGUCUUACACUGAACUGAUCAAAUACUUUGAAAAUGACUUCAAAACUCCUCUGGGUGUCCUUCAUACUUGCUGUACUAAUACUCUCAGUUACAUUUUCUCUCCAACCAGACCAGCAAAAGGUUCUACUGGUUUCAUUUGAUGGAUUCCGUUGGGAUUACUUAUAUAGAGUGCCAACACCCCAUUUUCAUUAUGUUAUGAAGUAUGGUGUUCAUGUGAAGCAGGUUACUAAUAUUUUUAUCACAAAGACCUACCCUAACCAUUAUACUUUGGUAACUGGCCUCUUUGCGGAGAAUCAUGGGAUUGUUGCAAAUGACAUGUUUGAUCCCAUUCUGAAUAAAUCUUUCUCCUUGGAUAACAUGACGAUUUAUGAUUCUGAGUUUUGGGAAGAGGCGACGCCAAUAUGGAUCACAAAUCAGAGGGCAGGACGUUCUAGUGGUGCAGCCAUGUGGCCUGGAGCUGAUGUAAAAAUACAUAAUAGCUUUGCUACUCACUACAUGCCUUACAAUGAGUCUGUGUCAUUUGAAGAUAGAGUUGCCAAAAUUAUUGAAUGGUUUACAUCAAAAGAGCCCAUAAAUCUCGGUCUCCUUUAUUGGGAAGACCCUGAUGAUAUGGGCCACCACUUGGGACCUGAGAGUCCGCUCAUGGGGCCUGUCAUUUCGGAUAUUGACAACAAGUUGGGAUAUCUCAUACAAAUGCUGAAAAAGGCCAAGUUGUGGAACAUUCUGAACCUAAUCAUCACAAGUGAUCACGGAAUGACCCAGUGUUCUGAGGAAAGGAUAAUAGAACUUGAUCAGUAUCUGGAUAAAGACCACUAUAUCCUGAUUGACCAAUCUCCAGUAGCGGCCAUCUUGCCAAAAGAAGGUAAAUUGGAUGAAGUCUAUGAAGCCCUAGCUCAUGCCCAUCCUAAUCUUACUGUUUACAAAAGAGAAGAGAUUCCGGAAAGGUGGCGUUACAAGAACAACCCUCGAAUUCAACCCAUCAUAGCCGUGGCUGACGGAGGGUGGUAUAUUCUACAGAAUAAGUCAGAUAACUUUCUGUUAGGCAACCAUGGUUAUGAUAAUGCAUUAGCAGACAUGCAUCCAAUAUUUUUAGCCCAUGGUCCUGCCUUCAGAAAGAAUUUCACGAAAGAAGCCAUGAACUCCACAGAUCUGUACCCUCUGCUCUGCCACCUCCUCAACGUCACAGGCAUGCCACACAACGGAUCAUUCAGGAAUGUCCAGGAUCUGCUCAGUUCAACAAGCCCGGGAGCACGUCCUCACACACCAAGUCCUACGCUCCUCCAUGGUAGCAUCAAGCCCGGAGAAGAUGAGCGUGAGGAGUCCUAUGCUUAUUUUCUAGGGGUGUCUCUCGGCAGCAUUUUGGUGAUUGUAUUUUUUGUAAUUUUCAUUAAACAUUUACUUCACAGUCAGAUACCUGCCUUACCAGACAUGCAGGCUGAAAUAGCUCAACCAUUGUUACAAGCCUAAUGCUACUUUGAAGUGGGGAUGGUGUAUUUAUUUCAGUGUUUAAAGGUUUCAGAUUCUAGGAAACCAGUUUCAGGCAUUUGCCCAGAUCAUUAGGCGGUUAUAUACAUAGACAGGCGCGCACACACACACACCAGAAAGGAUUAAAGUGGGGAAGUAUGAAUCUGUUAUUCUCUCUGGCUUAGGGGUAGAUAAAAUCCUGCUUUAUUUGGACAUGGCACGUAUGAUAUAUUUAGCACCUUUGCACUAUUUAAAGUACCUUAUGUAUUGCACUUUCAAUUACUCUCCUAAUGGGUACUUUUAUAUGAAAUGCACUUUACUGAUGAUUAUGUCUUACAAUUUGAUUGAAAAAGACAAAUUUUUUUCUGCCCACAUCACAGAAUACUUGUUAUUUGUUGUUAAAACUGAAUGAAAUUUCAAAUAAUUCCUGAAGAAUGUCAAAAUCUGUCUCCUUAAACCCGGAGUGCAAAAAGAAAGUCAAAACUGUUGGAAAUUAAAUGCGACAACCUUUGUACAUCGAAUUUCGGAGAGAUGCAUUCCCAACAGGAGGAUGCAUCUGUGGGCAUUCCUUCUCGUACUUCUUUCUACAAGUCAUGGGUUUUCAUUUUAUUUUUCUUAAAAAAAAAAAAAAGGUUCAAGUACUGACGGAUUCAUUCUAAACAUACCAUAUCUGUCAUGAAAUUCAUGAUUGCUGUUUUCUGAGGAGUCAUUUUGCUCUGAUUCUAUAAUAAUGAAGACACCAUGAUAUCCGUGUCCUUCCUGUGUAGUCCGUGUCCUUCCUAUGUAGUCUGCUGUGAACAGAAGCCAUUGGAGACCAUCCCAGCAAUAAGCUUUUCUUCUUGUUCUGUAGUUAUCUGCUUCUUUGAAAACUAAAUCACUAUUAAUCACAUUAAAAAUCAUAUAAAAUACGUUUUCUUUUUGGUAGCAUGUAGUAAGAGAGCACGAGCAUCUUUAAGACUUGAGCAUUUGCAGAUCCAGUCCCAAGAGAGCACAAGCUAUGUUAGGUAAAAUGUAGGCCACUUGAUCCGCUAGAAGGGCUGUGCGGAACUAGGGAAGGAAAAUUAGGUGGGACCUUGUCUGAGAUGUUCCCACUGCCCCUAGAGCAGUGCUGAAGGGUGCCUCAUGGCAGAAAUCGUGAAAUAGCUCUUAGCGGGGACAGGUAUUGAAACAAGAGGAGCUGAGAUCAUAGCCUCAGUUCAUGAAAUAGUGGGACACCCGCUCACCGGGUGCUCGGAGGGAUCAAAGAUGAAGUCAGGUUCACAGACAUCUGUCUGGUCACCCAGCUCCUCUCGUUUCAACCACCAAAGCUGUGCUUUGGAUCUCUGAAGUAGUCAGGUUGGGGGGACCUAGGCUUUACCUGUCGUUUCUUAGAGGAAAGAGAAAACCCUGGGAAGAACAGCUUUCUUUGAACAAAAAAUUAUAUAGACAGAUGGCCCAUAGAUGAUAUUGUGAUUUUGUGUAUAUUAAUGCACCAACUGGCUCAUGAUUAGGUAAAAUGGUAUAGGUAUUCUAGAAGGAAAAGGUAAAGCAGAUAUAAAGAACAAAAGUAGUUUCACCUUCAAAAAUAUAGUUGAAUUUAAGUACUAUUUAGAAUAAAGUGAAUGCGUUCUUUUUUAAAUGAUACCAAUAAAGAAGUUUGGCCCUUGAUUCUCAUUUCAUUACAAAGCCUUUUAAUCAAAUAGAAUGGAAUUCCUGGAUGUGUACUGACAUUAAAAAGCUGAAAAGUUAGAUGGUAGAUGACAAACUCAAGAAGUCUCUGAAUGAGACAUUUUAGAACCUCAGUGGCCACUCCUCUUGGCUUGCUGCAUAGCUGUGAAUUUUACCAGCAUUAUUGAGAUGCCAGGAUGAUGACCGAAAGAUGAAAUUGGUCGAUUUAAACGCAUUACUGUUUAAAGACUGUCUGUACAUUUAAAAAUUGUUGCAUUAAAUUCAUUUUAGAAUUGCCUCAGUGGUAAGAGGAAAGCAAAUGCUGUACCAUUGAUGAAAUCAUUAAAAUUCUGAUCUGAAUGUUG